AUGAAUAUCUUCAGAUUCGCCGGCGAUAUGACGCAUUUGAUCAGCAUUUUAGUCCUCCUCCUCAAGAUUUACGCCACCAAAUCGUGUUCAGGGAUUUCCUUGAAGACUCAGGAAUUGUACGCAAUUGUCUUCUUGGCUCGGUACCUCGAUCUGUUUACCGACUUCAUUUCAGUGUAUAACACAGUAAUGAAAGUGGUGUUCAUUGGAAGCUCUCUGGCAAUUGUGUGGUGCAUGAGGUUUCACCGAGCCGUGAGGCGGUCAUAUGACCGUGAGGUGGAUACAUUUCGGCAUUAUUUUCUUGUGGGGAUCUGUUUUCUUGUGGCAUUGUUUGUUCACGAGAAGUUCACAUUUCAGGAGAUAUUUUGGGCAUUUUCAAUAUAUUUGGAGGCGGUUUCAAUUCUACCACAAUUGGUCCUAUUGCAGAGAAGUGGAAACGUGGACAACCUGACUGGACAAUAUGUUUUCUUCCUUGGAGCCUAUCGUGCCUUCUACAUCCUCAACUGGAUAUACCGCUAUUUCACAGAGGAUCAUUUCACUCGGUGGAUCUCCGUUGUCUCUGGCUUAGUCCAAACAGCUCUGUAUGCAGACUUCUUCUACUAUUAUUUUAUCAGCUGGAAAAAUAACGUAAAACUGAAGUUGCCUGCCUGA